CCCCAAGCCUGCCUCCGGUGUUUCUGAGUCAUAAAGAAUAGUAUCCACUGUUGUAACCAGAAAGUGUUAAACUAGCAGUUUAUCUCGGAUUUCUGGGCAUUAACAAGGCAUUAACAGCUUCGUUUUACAGACAGACUAUUUGUAAAAAUAUAAAAAUAUUUCUAGCCCCUUAGAGAACAUCACACAAAAAGCAAAACAAAACAACACAAAAAAAACUCCAACAAAGAAAAAGCAGCAUCGCACUGGCAAGUUCAAAACACUUUUCAACAGUAUAUAUCUUCCUGUGAAGGUCUCCUCCUUUCCUAAAACAAGAAAAUAUGUUGAAAUACGGUAUCCUUAAUAGUUAAAGAUAUGGUUAAGAGAGCCGAAUCUUUAUCCAUAUUGAAAGCUCAGCCAUGAAAUUGUGUUACUUCCUUGUCUUUGAAAUCAAUUUACGACAAAAAUACUCAAGCUGCUCGGUCGGUUUCUGUCCUAAUCUGAAGAAAACCCCCCAAAGAGUAAGCCUGCAGUACGGGGGAGACUUUUUAACUACGUGUUUUAUUUUAAUUUAGAAGGAAAAACAAAAGUUUGCCGUUCCCGGGGUCUCUCCGGCUUCACAACGCGGGGUUAAAAACAGCUUUUCUCCGCCAUCUGCAGUCCAAACAGCAAGAAACUUGCCCGAAUGAAAGUCCACCGUCUCCUCUUCACUCUCCGAAGAAACUGGGGUGAUUUUGCGGCACUCGUUUUACAAAAAAUAUGAAUUUAUAACUCCGAAGAAACACAGACUCGGAGGAGGAAAAGCUCUUCCUGGCUAACAGUUAGGCGGGCUCUGCAAAGCACCAAUCACAGAUCACCGCUUCGCUAUAAAUUCAGGCAUCGGGGUUACUGUAGCCCAAUUACUUUCUUUUGAUUAGGAAGAAGUCUCUGCAGCGAUGUCGGAGACCGCUCCCGCCGCCGCUCCCGCUGUCGCGGCCCCCGCCGCCAAGGCCGCCGCCAAGAAGCCGAAGAAGGCGGCGAGCGGCUCCAAAGCCCGCAAGCCCGCGGGGCCCAGCGUCACCGAGCUGAUCACCAAGGCCGUGUCCGCCUCCAAGGAGCGCAAGGGGCUCUCGCUCGCCGCGCUCAAGAAGGCGCUGGCCGCCGGCGGCUACGAUGUGGAGAAGAACAACAGCCGCAUCAAGCUGGGGCUCAAGAGCCUCGUCAGCAAGGGCACCCUGGUGCAGACCAAGGGCACCGGCGCCUCCGGCUCUUUCCGCCUCAGCAAGAAACCCGGAGAAGUCAAGGAAAAAGCGCCCAAGAAGAGAACUGCUGCAGCCAAGCCCAAGAAGCCGGCGGCCAAGAAGCCCGCCAGCGCCGCCAAGAAGCCCAAGAAGGCGGCGGCGGUGAAGAAGAGCCCCAAGAAAGCGAAGAAGCCGGCGGCAGCAGCGGCCAAGAAAGCAGCGAAGAGCCCCAAGAAAGCCGCAAAGGCAGCUAAGCCCAAGAAAGCGGCGGCGGCAGCGAAGAGUCCGGCUAAGGCGAAGGCGGUGAAGCCCAAAGCAGCCAAGCCCAAGGCGGCCAAGCCGAAAGCAGCCAAGGCAAAGAAGGCAGCGCCCAAGAAAUGAAGUGUUGAAGUGGAAAUACUUUUAAACCCAACGGCUCUUUUAAGAGCCACCCACUAUUGUCCCCAAAAGGGCUGAUACACUCCGUGACUGAGCUCCCUGCCUGCAGCAGAGCCGACUAUUCGCCACUAUCCGUGUGGGACGUUCGUCUGUGGAGUGGAUGGGACGCUAAACUUCCGGCCGUGGCUUUACACUAAGACUUGGAAAAAUAAAAGUUUACAUUCCCUGCG